CUGGAUUAGAUUUCUGGAGAUCCUCUGGAAACUCACUGAAAACCGUCGCAAAGCACUGAUUAUAUGCCCAUUAGAUACACUGUAAUCUAUUUAUCACUAGGAUUUUUGUUUCAACUUUAUAUUUCGAUAUUUCUGAAAAGGUUGUCUAGAGAUCCUUUGGGAAUAAAUUCGUUUUAGUUUGCGAGCUUUCGCUCUAUCCUAGAGCAUCAGUAGGCAAAUUUAUUUAGCUUUUAUUCCUAGUGUUUGAAUGUAAAACGAAGAAACUAGUGCGAGUCCAAUGCAUUAGCGAAGUCACUAAAAGUUCAAUCAUUCCAAGGUCAACUAUUAACAGAUGAAUAUUUUAAAACAAUUAAGAUAGAAGAAAGAUUGAAAAAUGAAUUAAACCAUUUAACGGAUGAAGCAUUCCAUAGCGAAUGUACUUGCGAGCGGGUACUUGAGACGAUUGUCGACAACAGAAAAGGAGUAUUUAUAUGACAUCAAAAAACCAUCCAUAUAAGGAGAUAUAAUAAAAGAAAAAAAAUUAGUUCUGUCUUUCUUUCUACUUCUUCAAAACAGUGCGACAACAUAAAUAUUUUAAUCUUUUUUCAGGCAAAAGCAAAAUAUGUCACAACAACAGAAAAAGCUACAUUUGAAGAACAGCUACCAGUAUGGAUGGAUAUUAAAUCUGGUAUAAAAUCAGCUAAUUUAUUCGAAGUUAUUGGCGAAGCAAUUGAAAAUUCUGUUUGUUUCAUAUGUUUUAUGACACCGGAAUAUCAACAGUCUGGUUUUUGUAAACAAGAACUUCUAUAUGCAAAACAAUGUAAUAUACCAAUUACACCACUGAAGUUAGAAGAGAACUGGUUAAAAAAAAAAUCAGUUGAAUUGUACAACCGUAUUUACACAGUACUUGAAAAUCAGUUAAAAAGUUCACCUAAAUCAAAAUCAGUCGUCAAACAACUUUCUUCUCAGCCAUCUGAAAAAUAUAAAAUGGAAAUCAAUUAUCCCAAAAAAACGGCAAACAGUCUGGACGAGAUACCCUAUAGCUUGAGAAUGAUGGCAAGUUCCACGUCCGUAUUCGCAAAUUCUGAUGCUGUUAAUGAUCUCUCUGGAAGAGUAAGUAGGAAAAUACCUAUAGUCCAUCCUCAUGAUAGCCAUCGUCGACGAAUAUCGCCGGUACGGAAAAUACCGCCUCCCGUUUAUUAUGGCAGACGAAGAAAAAAAUCGUCAAAUGAUGAUGACAGUGAAGAAGAAGAGCAAAAUUUUUCUAAAUUCGGUGAUUAA